AUGAAUAAAGAAAUAGAAAAUUUGGAAAAUUAUAAUUAUUUAAAAAGUUGUUUAGAAUUAAUUGAAACAAAAUAUUUUAACCAAAAAGAAGAAUUUCUGAAUCAAUUAAAACUAGCAAAUUUAGAAACAAUUAAUAAAUUAUUAUAUGCAAUAAUUAGAGAAAACAUUUUUGAACAACAAAAAAAAGAAGAAAAAGAAGAUUUCAAAUUAAUUGAAAAUGAAAAUUAUUAUUUUAUUUUUAAAACUAAAAAUCAAUUAAAUCCAAUAAUGAAAUUAAAAAUACCAAUAAACCAAGUUUAUAGUUUAAAUAGAUUUUCAAUUUCGGAUUUUCCAAGUUUAAUAACUAAUAAUAAUAAUAAUAAUAAUAAUAAUAAUAAUAAUAAUAAUAAUAAUAAUAAUAAUAAUAAUAAUAAUAAUAAUAAUAAUAAUAAUAAUGAGAAUAAUAAUCAAGAAAUAAUACUUGAUAAUUGUUUUAAUUUAAUUGAGUUAUUUAAAGAAUCAACUAUGGAUUAUAAUGAAGAAUAUAUAAAUGAAUAUAAAAAUGAAAUUGAAAAUAGCAUUGGUAAUCAAGCAUUAAUAAAUACAAUUUCAAAAUUAAAUCAUAAUAAUAUUAAAAAACAAUCAAUAAUGAAUCAAUAUAAUUCAGUAAUAGAUUAUGUAAAUAAUCAAGAUCAUAGUUUUGAUUCAAAUUUAUUCUAUGAACAAUUAUACACAAAGGGUCAUUUAACUCAUACAUCUCCAAAAAUGAGAAAAGGUUUCACACCAAUUCAAGUUUUAAAUUACUCUUCUGAAUUAUCAAAUUUUGUUAAUUUACAUUUCAUUGCAAUUAAAAAACAAUAUUCAUUAUCAUCCUCUUCAUCAUUAAAAAUACAAAAUACUAAUAAUAAUUCAAAUUAUUUAAAAGAUGAUGAUGAUGAUGAUAAUGAUGAAUAUUUAUUCAAAUAUUAUCCAAAUUCAAAGAAAUCAAUAAUUGAAUAUAUGAAUAAAGUUUCAAUCAAUUUUAAUGAUUAUAACUAUCAUUUAAUUCAUCCAUGGCAAAUUGAAAAUAUUAUCCCAACACUAUUUAAAAAUGAAUUAUCUCAAUCAAUUGUAGUUUUAAUUCCAAUUGAAAUUGCAUCAGUUUGUUCAAAGCCAUUAAUAUCUUUAAGAACUGCUGUUAUUUUCCCUGAAUUAAGUGAUGAUAAAUUAAUGCCACAUAUAAAAGUACCAAUAAGUAUUAAUAUAACAUGUGCUCUUAGAACAAUAUCAUCACAAUCAGCAAAUAACGGUCCAAUAUUUAGUGAAAUCAUUAGAGAUAUCUAUAAAAGAGAGUAUCAAUCAUUCUUUGGUAAUGAAAUUAAUUUUCUAUCGGAAACUUAUGGUUGUUGGUUCAAUCCAUUGGAUAUUAAUGAUAAAUCUAUUAAACAUAAAUCAAUUACAAAUAUUUGGAGAGAAAAUCCAAAUAUUUUACUUGAAAAUAUAAACAAUAACAAUAAUAAGAAUAAUAACAAUCUAAAAUAUAAAGAUCAUUAUAAACAACAAGUAAUAGUUUCAUGUUCAUUAUAUUCCAUCUCUCCAAUCACUAAUAAAUUAAUCUUGUUUGAAUUAAUUGAUGGAUUUAUAGAAAAUAAACAAAAAGAAAAACAAUUUAUUGUUCAAAACAAUAGUAACAAUAAUAUUAAUAAUAAUUAUAAUAAUGAUAACAACAAUAGCAAAGAAUUAGUAUUCAAUUGGUUCAAUUCAUAUAUAAGUAAACUAUUGACAGUAACAAUUGUAUUAAUGAGUAAAUAUGGUAUUGGAUUAGAAGCACAUUUACAAAAUACAUUAUGGAUUAUUGAUAGUGAAACUUUUGAACCUGUAAAAUUAAUUUGUAAAGAUUGGGCUGGUUCACGUUUAAAUUUAAAGAGAUUAUCUUCUCAAUCAAUUCAAUAUAAUUAUAAAGAAGGUUCUAUCACUAUUUGUGGCGGUGGUGAAGUUGAUGAAUCUAUAGAAAUGUAUAAUAAAGUACAACAUUCUGUUUUUAAUAGUAAUAUUGGUGAACUAAUAUUAUCAAUUUCUAAAUAUUACAAUAUUAUGGAAAUCGAAAUGUGGAAAUCUGUAUCUUUGAUUUGUAAAUCCAUUUUUAAUAAAUUAAAAUUGCAACACCUACAACAAAAACAAGAACAACAACACGAAAAAGAUGAUCACUUUUUAAAACAACUACAACAUGAUGAAAAUGUAUUAUUUUCAAAAAAUAUUGAUGUAAAAUCAUUAACAAAAAUGCGUUUACAAACUGAUAAUAAAGAAAAUAUUACAACUUCAAUUAUUAAUCCAUUAUACAAUUUAUAA